GCGCGCGCGGAAGACGGCAGUGCGCGGUCUGUGCUCGUCUGCGGAACGCCCCCACGGCCGCGGAGAGCAAUCGGAGAACCCGCAACGCGCUUGUGUAGUUGCUAUCGCCGCAGAGAAGCCGUGUUCCCUGAACAACCACGCCACCACUGAAACUCUAGAAGCGAGCCCAGGGAGAGACAGUAGCGCUCGACUGUCGACGCGAUAACGCCACUCGCGCUUCGCACCCCACGAGUAGCGCGCGGCAACUCCGAAUACAGAGAGAGGAUGCUACGAAGCGUCAGCGCCGCGGCUUCCUCGUCGCUCCGGGCUUGCACCGCGCGCGGCGUUGUCUCCGCUCGAAACCUCUCCGCGUCAGCGGCCGCCGAACCUGCCGAGCCCAGCAUCGUCUCGUCCACGUUUCCGGGCCCCAGAUCGGACGCUCUCAAGCGCGAGCUCGACUCCAUCCAGAAUGCCGGCGCCGUGCAGCUCUUCAUCGACUACUCCAAGUCGACCGGCAACUAUAUGGUGGACGUGGACGGCAACGCGUUCCUCGACGUCUACACGCAGAUCUCGUCGCUGCCGCUGGGCUACAACCAUCCAGCCAUGGUGGCCGCGGUCAGCGACCCCCGAAACGUUGCCACGUUCGUGAACCGGCCCGCGAUGGGCGUCCUGCCGCCCGCCGAUCUGGUGGCCCGGCUCAAAAACGCUCUCCUCUCCGUCGCCCCGAAGGGCCUAACGGAGGUGCAGACCAUGGCGUGCGGAUCGUGUUCCAACGAGAACGCGUACAAGGCCGUGUUCAUCAGCCAUAUCGCCCGGAAGCGCGGCGGAAAGCCGCCGACGGCCGAAGAGCUGAGCUCUUGCAAGUACAACUUGCCUCCCGGCAGUCCGCGCCUGUCGCUGCUCUCCUUCGACGGGGCGUUCCACGGCCGCACUUUCGGCGCGCUCAGCACCACUCACUCCAAGGCAAUCCACAAGCUGGACGUGCCGUCUUUCGACUGGCCCAUCGCGCACUUCCCUGAGUACAAGUACCCGGUCGAAGAGUUCCAGUCCGAGAACACGAAGGAGGACGAGAAGAGCCUGGCCCACGUCGAAGAGCUCUUCCACGAGUACCGCAAAAAGGGCGCCUCCGUGGCCGGUUUGGUCGUGGAGCCCAUUCAGGCCGAAGGAGGCGACCGGCACGCGUCGGACGACUUCUUUCGGAGGCUUCGGGCCCUCGCCGCCAAGAACGACGUCCUCUUCAUCUGUGACGAAGUGCAGACUGGCUGCGGACCCACCGGAAAGUUCUGGGCGCACCAACACUGGGGUCUCGACGACUCCCCAGACGUGGUGACCUUCAGCAAGAAAAUGCUGACCGGUGGAUACUUUUACAAGUCAAAUGUCCGUCCCAAGGAGUCGUACCGCAUCUUCAACACUUGGGUUGGGGACCCGACCAAACUGCUGCUCAUCGAAGAGGUCCUCAAGGUCGUCAACACUGAAAGGCUUCUCGAGAACGUUAGGGACACGGGCGAGUACUUGCAGAAGGGCCUCAGAGAGGUCAGCAAGCGACAUCCCAACACAUUCUUUAAUGUCCGUGGAAGGGGAACCUUCUGCGCCGUCGACUUGCCCUCGGAAAAGGACCGAAACAAGUUCAUUACGGAGAUGCACCUCAAGGGAAUCCACUGCGGAGGCUGUGGAGAGCGCAGCUUCCGCAUCAGGCCUGCGCUCACCUUCCAGAGGAAGCAUGCGGACAUACUGCUAGAUCGUAUCGAGAAAGUGCUUUCCGAGAAAUUUUGAAUUUUUGCUGCUGCAGUUGGUACUUGUAUUGCAAGAAACGUGUGAUAACGCACGAGAUGUAAUAUUGAACUGGCUCCAUGGCACAAGUAUGAGUUGAAGAGAACAUAGCACAACUAGUUUUUGCUGCAGUACUGUCAGAGUACUGGUGUAUAACAGUGAACUCACAACUUCCCAAACACUAAGACAAGGACCAAUGAAUAAUGCAUGAAAUGUCAUUUCAACAAUUACUCCUAAAAUACCUCGCAGAAUGAUCUCCGUAAUGAAAUGGUUCCAUUUUUAAACGGCUUGUCGAUAUUUUACAUGCAUAGCGCUCCUUUUUGGUGUUGCUGACCGAAAGCAUACGCAAAUGAUGAAAUUUUUUAAUUCAGAAGUGGUUUUUGUUGCCAACUGUGUCUGGGCUACUUUUACAUAUACUUUGUUUUAAUGUGCUACAUUUGUAAAUACGCACUGAUAACAAUUUUCGAAAAUGGUAUUCACAUGUAAGUGCUACCUGAAGAAAAAUAUACUGAGUAUGCAUAAGAUGCCAUAAUUCUUUGUGGUGACUCACUGUAAGACUUUGCCACAAUUACUCUUGUGUGGGCAGGAGAAAAUUGUUUCGCUGCGACGAUGCCAGAGCUGGAAUUUAUUUACACCUCUCCACAAGCUUCGAAGAGUAUUUUUACCACGUUACUUUUAUACGCUCUACAACUGUCGACGUAUUUCAGGAUUUCUUUUUCUUUUUUGGGCAGAUUGUCAUUUUUUAGAGCCUAGGCAGUCUUGUCUGCAAGUGCCUGGUGGUUAAAAUGAUAAUGGAUAUGAGAUUGUGAGAUGUGUAUCGGUUAUUUUCUUACGUGUUGUGUUUUCUUGAGCAAUAGGUCAUCAAAUAUUUCUUGAAGAAGCAGAUUGAAGAUCUGUACUAAGGUAUAGGCGUGUGCGAACCUACAGUGAUAUCUGAUGCCGGCCCUCAUAGAGGCUUAAUCUUCCUGGACUGUGAAAUUUCAUGUGUCAGUGUGUGGCUUGUUCCAAUUACUGUGUGCAGGGCAACUGAAAAGCAACAGAAAAACACUAUAGCGGGGUGACGUUCUUGUGGAGUUGCACACAAAAACAGCUUUCUUUUUUUUUCUUUUUACAUUGUGCAGUUUGUGUUACUGUUGUAUCCUCAAAGGACCACCCACACCUGUCUGUACAAAGAACAGGCACAACUAAAGCACCACCUGUUCGUAACAAACGCAACAAUGUUUUUUUUUAAACAUCCCUCGUUUUUGUAUACACUUCCUGUGAAAAGCACAUCCCAUUACAGCUUGUGUUUUUUUAAUGUUUUGCUUUGUCUAGAUACAACAUUAAUGGCAAUAAAAAGCUAGUGAAGCCACGGUAUAGGGGAAAUAAUUUUAUCGAUUGUUGUUUUCAUGUGGUACUAACAAAAAAAAUAUAAAGCUUCCAUAUUCGCACUCUCACUUUUUCUGUUACAUUUCGAUUGCCCUGUACAUUGUUGAAUACAGUGCGAACAUGGACGGGAAAAACAGCUGCGUAAAGGAGACAAAAUGUUUGGUAGGUGAUUGUUGCCUAAGCGAACACAGUAAGCGUGCUGCUUAUCUGCAGGCCACACACGAGUACAGCAUGCAUUUAAUGAGGCGCGUAACAACUGAAAAGCAUUUGCCAUUUUCAACGGAUCUGUUUUUCCCCGCCAUGUUUCUGCAGACAAAAGGAGUUUUUAACUCCACAAAGGCUCAGAAAAGAGGCAGCGCAUGCAUUACUGUACGAUGGGCCACCUGUAAUAUGUUUAAAGUAUCUGUUCUCGAGUGUUUUAGAAGCUUGCACUGCCCCGCAACGUAGUGCAAGAGUUUGUUGCAACUGUGUAGCUCGUGGUGUGUCACGUUACUAAUAUGCAUUCUGAUGCCACAUGUGAAGUGUUAACACCACUGUUGUUGCUGUUAAACUGAGCUUCCUACUUGAAUGGUAUAAUGGGCACCAUUGCCCCAAGCAAGGGAGUGGAGAGAAGUGGGGAGGAUGUUGAAGAUUCUGUCAUCGGCUUAUCCUGUUCUUCCAUUUUUCCAAACCUGUUGGCAAAGAUACUAUACAAUGGCCUGCCUACAUAGAUUUUAAAGUGAAGUGCACCUACUAAAUAUUACUAUGCGCUUUUGCGCCUUUUGUGAGAUGCUGUUUGAGACAACGUUAAGACAGGAGGCUAUAGCUGGCCACAUUUGUUGCAUCAUCUGUGUAAACCUUUGACUCAUUUAGCUCUCCUCAUGUAAUGUAUAUGUGCAAUAAAGUUAUUUAUAUGCAGUG